UAGUGCUCUGUGAUUCUCAGGGGUGUCCUUACCCAGUUUCUGGGACAGGCCAGGGGAGCCUCGGACAUGUUUCACAUGAGUGCUCCCCUCAGCUGUCAGUCUGGGAUGUAGGUCCGUCAUGUGGAAUGGUGCUGGUGUCCCCUUUGAGUGGUCCUUUUUCAGUCUUGUAUGCCUUGAUGAAGCUCCAGAGCAGAGACCCUCAGUUGCCCCUCAAGAGGUGCCUGUGCCUGGUGUCCUGGAGGUUUGGGAGGUCUAUGAGGCUUGGGGCUCUUUGUGUGUGAAUGUUUUAUGCCUUCUGUCAAGGCCCAUCGAUAAGGGAGAGUGUGGAGACAGCAUGCUUGGACCACCCUUUGACACUCAGGGGGCUCUGAGGGCAAAAGUACCGUGGGGUUUUUGGACAUUCCCCCCGGUAGUCAGGGGUCUUUUCUGCCAUCUCCCUUGGGGACGAGAGCCAACAUGUGCCUGUGUCCUCAGCCCUGGCACAGUGGGCACUUUGGUGAACUUGGAUUGAAACCAGAAAAACCACCAGGAGUGCUUCAGUUUGUUCAGAACCCAUUGAGCAAGGUGGGAAAGAGUGACCAUAUGGCUUCCCUAAGUGAGGGGUGAGACAUUUCUAGACAGUGGGGCUCCUGCAAGGUGUUGGGAUCAGAUAGUGAUAUUGUUUGAGACUGUUUUCCAUGGAAGAGCCCUGCACUGCACCGUGCUGUGCCCAGGGCAGAGACCACUUUUGGGCAGGGGAGGGCACAGCAGCAGGGCUUGCACCAUCCACCUGUCCACAACUCACCCGUAGCACCCACAGUCUGUCUCCUAUCUACACUCCUCCUCACUCUCACCCGCUCCUUCACACAUUCGCUUGCUUGCUUCUUUGCUCAUCUGCUUACUCAUUUAAUCAUCCAUUCACUAACUCACCCACUCAUUUGCUCGUUCACUAGUUUGUUCAUUCUUUCAUUCACCCUGUACUCACUCACUUAUUUACCUGCUUUUCCACACUUCACUUUUUCACUCACUCAACUGCUCCAGCAGUAGCUACUGAGAGCUGCUCCCUGCAAGGCGGGCACAGGAGAUAUGGGGCUGACCCUGGGCUGCUAGGUAAGAACAGGCCUGCUGGUGCCUUGUGCAUUAUGAGUGCUCAGGAACCGUGAAUGGAUGCAGGGGAAGACAACCACAGACCUGGGUCCAGCUCCCUGUCUGCCCCUGUGCCAUGCAUGACAUAGCACCCUGCAGAGGGAAGGCCUGGAAGAAAUGUUCAGGCUCCUGGUGGUGAGCCUCCCGCUGCCCAUGGUCUCCUUGGGUUUCCGCUGGUGUGCAGCUGACUGUGAGGAACCCUCUGCAGACCCUGAGGGCUUGGCCAUGUUCCCUUAGCUGCCCCUUGUACCUUUAUCCUCCAUCUGGAAGCCUCACCAUCAUCUGGGUGCAUUGGGAGCCAGGGACAAAGACCUCUCCUGUCCAGGCUUUUCCAGACCGACAGCAUCUCCCUGUACAGCCUCCAUUUUAAUGAGGAGUGAAUUUACAGUUUUGGUACAGUGCAGAAGAAGCACAGCAGUUGCUUGUUUCUUGGUCUAUGUGACCAUCUUCUUGGCUUUGGAGGCCCCACCAUAUCUGAUGCUUCCACGUCUUUGUCCUGCAGUGCCCCUGAUCUUGCUAGACAGGUAUGGGGAUUUUUAACUGAGUCCUGUGGUCAGGAAGGCCAUUCAUAUGGGGUGGAGAGUGGAGCGUGUCAGGCAAAGGGCAAGAGCAUCUGGAACUCAGCCAUGAUUCAGGUGCGUGUCAGGGGCACCAGUCUAAUUCUGAUCUGGAGUCCGCUGUCUUGGGAACAUUGUCCCCAGAGGAGUAUAUUGUAGAAAACAUGAGGGGCGGGGAGAGAACGAGCACACCCAGGCCUUCCAUAGUAAGCCGUGGAUGAAGGUGGACUUGGGCUAACUGCAGCUUUGCAUCAUGCAUAAAGAAACCCAAACUGUUUCUCAAGUUCCAGAAUUGGACACUGGGGAUGCUGCAAGAAUAGGGCUUGUCACAGAAUAGACAGCAGAGAUAAGCCUUGCCCCAGAGGUGGCAUGUACCAGGUCCUACACAAGAUCAUGAGCCUGAACUGGAAGAUACGGCUGUAGGCAGUACUCAGCUCUGCUUUACAAAAGCCUCAGACAAAGCAUAGCCCUAAGUGGCCUGUGGAGGCCGAUAUGAAUCCAAGUCCUUGGCACAACAGAGGGCAGUGCAAGCCUUUUGGUAGCUUCCAGGACGGAUGACCACUUGGAUGUCUCUUUAGUAUUUGGGAGACACUUUGAAACCACAACAAAAUUGUUAAUUUCUCAACAUUUUCACAUGUGUGUAUAUGUACAUGUGUGGCUGUGUGUGUGUAUAAGUGUGUACAUAUCCAUUCUUACAUUUGUGUGACUCUCUCUGUGCUGUGUGCAUGUGCCACGUAUGUUGUGUUGUGCACAGAUGUGUGUAUACAUGUGUCCAUGCUCCUGUGUGCAUAUAGGCACACAUGUAUAUGCACAUUUUUGUGUGUGCAUGUAAUUGAGUUUGUGUGUAUGUAUGCAAGGGGACUACACAUUCAUGUGUGUCUGCACCUGUGUGUGAUGCGUUUAUUGCAUGUCUGUAUGCAUAUGCCUGUGUAUGUCAUGUGUGCAAGCACAGUUGCAUGUAUGUAAGCCCAUGCACACUCUGGGAGACACUAAGUGUUGACAUUUAGAGUCGCCUUUUCCCUAGCUUCCCUUUUAUUGAUGCCUCUAGACUUUGUGAAAUGUAAAGACUCAAAAGGUGACCCAAAGUCACACUUCUCCGAGCAGUCUGUCUGCUGCCCAGUUUAUGUUCAUCUGUCUGUCCAGUAUUGUUGAGCAUCCACCGUGUGUUGGGCACAGGGUGACAAGGUGAAGCAGGUGUGUGCUCUCAGAACACCUGGCUAGGAUGCAUGGGGGGAUGGCAGUAGUUGGAGCUCAAAGCUAGGGCAUCUGAGGCCAGAAAUUACUUGUGCCAUCUGUCUUUUGGUCAGAACUACCAUCUUCCAGUGAUUUGCCAAGAUGACAGACACAAAGGGAAGGAGGGGAGGAACCCGGUAUAUGUUCUCUAGGCCUUUUAGAAAAUGUGGGGUUGUUCCUUUGGCCACGUACAUGUGGCUCUACAAAAAGGUUGAUAUUGCAGGCAUCAAGGGAUUGGGUACUGUUCAAAAAGGAAUGCCACACAAAUGUUACCAUGGCAAGACUGGAAGAGUCUACAGUGUUACCCAGCGUGCUGUUGGCAUCGUUGUAAACGAGCAAGUUGAGGGCGAGAUGCUUGCCGGGAGGAUUAAUGUGCGUAUUGAGCAUAUUAAACACUCAAAGAGUCAAGAUAGCUUCCUGAAACGUGUCCAGGAAAACGACCAGAAAAGGAAGGACGCCAAAGAGAAAGGGGCCUGCGUCCAGCUGAGUGCCAGCCUGCCCCGCUCAGAGAAGCACACUCUGUGAGAACCGAGGGAAGGAGCCUGAGUGGCUGGAGCCUGUUCCCUGUGGAUUCAUGGCAUAAGCUGGGGAUGUGGCUCUGCCGUGCAGCACCUGGUUAGCGGCUAAGUGUCCUUGGCCCUACUUAAAAAUAAAAAAUCAUCUUGUGUUGUCAGGGUGGUUUUCUUAAUUGAAUAGGUAUGUGUUAGAUUUCCCUUGCGUUAAGAUUGCUGCCACGUGGAAUAGCAGCCUCCUUCCCAUAAACGCCAUGUUAAAAUAUGGCUUCUCCCACCAAAGGACAGUC